AAGAUAAGGAGAUGCUUAUGUCGAUGCGUUGACACAAAUCCCGCGUCUUUUCUCCCAAUCUCCUCAUCUUCUUCUUCUUCCAACAAACCUUGGACAACGUACACAAGAUUCGAGAUUCCUAAAUUGCCCUUCUCCGGGAUGGCUAAUUACUCUCGGCCCCACAUCUGCCAGUGCUUGAGUCGGCUAGCAUCUGUCAAACGGGACGCCGCCGUCAUAGUCUACGGCCACCGGAGACGCACUGGCCGAGAGUUCGUCGAUGGCGUACUGAGACUCGCCGAAGGACUGAGACGUCUCGGCCUCCGAAACGGCGAUGUCGUCUCCAUUGCUGCUCUUAACAGUGAUUUGUUAUUGGAGUGGUUAUUGGCUGUUGCAUUGGUUGGAGGAAUAGUUGCUCCAUUGAAUUACAGAUGGAGCUUGAAAGAAGCGAAAAUGGCAAUGAUGCUAGUGGAACCCGUGCUCUUGGUUACGGAUGAGACCUGUGUCUCGUGGUGCAUCGAUGUACAGAACAUCGAUAUACCUUCACUGAAAUGGCGUGUGUUGAUGGAGUCUACUUCAACAGAAUUUGCAAACGAACAUAACCAAUUUUUGACAACCGAGAUGCUUAAACAGCACAAGCUGGUUCCUUCCUUAACGACCUACGCUUGGGCUCCAAAUGAUGCUGUUGUGAUAUGCUUCACUUCUGGUACAACGGCAAGACCCAAGGGCGUGACGUUAAGCCACUUCGCGUUCAUCACUCAGUCUCUAGCCAAGAUCGCUAUUGUUGGCUACGGUGAAGAUGAUGUGUAUUUGCAUACAUCACCAUUAGUUCAUAUCGGUGGUUUGUCAUCAGCCAUGGCUAUGCUAAUGGUUGGAGCUUGCCAUGUUCUGCUUCCCAAGUUUGAUGCUGAAACAGCGCUUCAAGUAAUGGAACGACACCGUGUGACUUGUUUCAUCACCGUCCCAACUAUGAUGGCUGAUCUAAUUCGUGUCAACAGGAAGAUGAAAAAUGGAGCUCAAAACAACGGUGUGAGAAAGAUACUAAAUGGAGGUGGAUCUUUAUCAAGUGAACUCCUAAAAGAUGCUACCAAAAUCUUCCCAAGGGCAAAACUACUCUCAGCGUAUGGGAUGACAGAGGCGUGCUCUUCGCUUACCUUCAUGACUCUUUAUGAUCCAACACAAGAGUCCUAUAAAGUGACGUCUUCUUCGGUGAAUCGAUCAGAGCAAGGCACGUGUGUUGGAAAGCCUGCGCCUCAUAUCGAACUGAUGGUUAAGCUCGACGAAAACUCAUCGAGGGUCGGGAAAAUUCUAACUCGCGGACCACACACAAUGGUUGGAUAUUGGGGUCAUCAAGUAGUUCAAGAAAAUGUCGCAACAUCAGAAUCAAGCAGCGAUGGAGCUUGGCUUGACACAGGAGAUGUCGGUACCAUCGAUGAGUUUGGUAACUUAUGGCUCAUAGGUCGGUCCAAUGGCCGAAUCAAAACUGGAGGCGAGAACGUUUACCCCGAAGAGGUGGAAGCUGUUCUGUUAGAACAUCCUGGGAUUGUGUCUGCAGUGGUCGUAGGCGUCAUUGAUGUUCGUCUUGGGGAAAUGGUCGUUGCCUGUGUUCGUUUACAAGAGAAUUGGAUAUGGUCUGAUGUCGAAAACCAUAACCGAGAUUUCGAACUCGCACUCAAGCAUCAUUGUAGAACACAGAGGCUAACCGGGUUUAAGAUUCCGAAGAGGUUUGUCCGAUGGGAGAAGCAGUUUCCAUUGACAACAACUGGUAAAGUGAAAAGAGAUGAAGUUCGAAGAGAAAUGCAGUUAACUUGGUUUAAUAAAGAAGACCCACCAUUGAAAUUGGACCCACCGAUUUUCUCGAUAAACUUUUCCACCGGAGCUGAAAUUUUGCUGAUGGGUGAAGAGGUUAUGAUUCGUGGUAAUGGUAGUAAUAGUGUCAUCAAUGAGACUGAGAAUUUGAAUGUUGAUUUUCUUGAGGAUGAUGGGUUAACAGUUUCAAGAUUUGUUAGUGAUUCGGUUACAAGAGGAAUGCUAAAUGCAGUUGAUACCGAGGAUGCUGAGAAGAUAGCUCAGACAGAAAUCGAACUGUCGAGAUUGAAGGAAGCUUUGCUCUCGUGUCGUGUGGGUUCUGAAGAAAACGAAACUUCGCAUUCUCGUUUGGUUCUUGAUGAAGCGUGUAAAGAUGAACAUGAACGUAGAUUGUUGGAUCAAAAUGUGGAAUCUUGUUCUUGUGGUAAGAAAAGCUUGGCACUUGAGAGGACUAAAGAGAUUGCUGGUUUGCGCCAGGAGCUAGAGUUGAUCUCUAAGCUGCUUUCGUGUCAUGAAAAUGGAGACAUCGAGGCUUUGGAGGACCAAAAGAGAAAUGACCUAUUGCAACGCAAAAUCUCUGGAAGCCUUGGUAAUGGUAAGCACAUAGGAUCUGUCAUGUCUAAGCCUGAGAAUACAGAGUAUUUAAGAGCGUUAUCGCGUGAACAGUUGAUAAACCAUUACAAGAGUGAGAUGAAUCAGUUGAAAAGAGAGCAUGAUUAUACAAUGCAAGAGAUGACUGAAGAGUACUUUAGCAUCAAGCGAAGGUACUUGAAUCUAGAGGUGUGCGGUUCGUUUUCUUCUUUGAAGAAAGACAAGGAGUUUGAUGCGCUGCGAAAGAAGAUCCCGGACAUCAUUUCGAAGUUGGAUAAGGUUCUGUUGGAAGAUGAGGGGAGGAACGUUGCUGAUUCCAAGAGACAGCUGGAUUCUCUGCUUCUAGAAAACCGUCAACUUAAAGAUUCACUUUCAGAGGCUGAUCACAAGGUGUCACAGUUGAUACGGAAGCUUGAAUCAGAUGUUGAGGAUUUGCAUGUGGAAGGUUCCAUCUAUGAGGAUGUAUACGGUUCUUUUGUGGGAGAGUUUGUGAAGCAGAUUCAGCGUGCAAAAGAAGAGGCUGAUUUGGAACAUUGUAGUAUCAAGAGGGAAUCAUAUGAGCUGACAUCUAGAGAUCUUGUGGAGAGUGGAGAAGAAUCUGAGAGCAAGAUUGAUCUUGAAGACUCUUGUGUUGAGUCUUACAUGGAAGAAGAGAAGGAAAGAUUAAAAGAAGAGAUUUAUUGGCUGGAAUGCCUUGUUAAGGAGAAGGAGGAUUUAGUUCAGAUAAUUAAGAAUGAUUUGGCGACAGAGAGGGAGAAACUUGAGAUGAUGUCUCAUCAGAUGAACAAUCUUCAGUUUGAGAUUGAUCAGCAAGCAGAAGUGAUUCAAGAUAAAGACAAAGAACUGAAAGCUGUUUCUGCUCGCGGUUUGGAGAAGACAGAAGGUUAUGAGAUGGAGAUAUCUGAGCUGAGACAGAACCUUGAGUUAGUUAGAAAGAAUUUGAAGAUAACCGAAAAUGAGAAAAUGAAGUACGAGCUGAAAUUAUCAUCAACACAAGCAGAGCAACAGAUACUUCAGAGUCAGUUUGUAUCGACGGUUUUGAGUCUCGCUAAAUGGAGUCAAGGUUUCGACAAUCUUGAGUGUUUGGUUGCAGAAAAGACGAAAAGGACUAACUCUAGGUUGAAAAGUAUGGAGAUCCAAAUAAAUGAUCUUUCAGAUGAAGUUGAUGAACUCAAGGUGAGAGAAUCAAUGUACAAGCAACUAAUGGAGAAGAAGACUUGUGACCUUUUAAAGGCUGAGACUGAGGUUGAUCUCCUUGGCGAUCAAAUCGAUUCUCACUUGGACAUUCUUGAGAAAAUAUACAUAGCUCUUGAUCAUUACUCACAAAUUCUAAAGCAUUACCCUGGCAUUAUCGAGAUCUUGAAGCUCGUCCGGAGAGAAUUAAGAAGAAACUCCAAGAGA